AUGAGCCCUGCUUUGCCACCUCUUUACUUCAACGACAAGGUAUCGCCGUCUACCUCCGCAGCGGUGGCAAUUCCGCCAGAAGUGCUACACUGCAUUGUGGACUACAGCACGUGGGGAGUUUUGGCUAAACUGGCGUCAGUCCAAACGUCAUGGUCGCAGAUUAUGUACGACGCAGCGGAUGGAUCGACGCAGUCGAAAUGGGAUCUCGCGCAGGCCAUGCUAGAAGGCACUAGCGGUUUAGAGGUGAAUGAAACCAAGGCAAUGGAACUCCUACUGUCACUCUCACAAGUUGAAACCCAAAACGACAUCCCCGUGACCGACGUUUCUGCCACAAAUGGUCCUUGCUUUGCACCAGCUAUGAAACAAAUCGCUACCUGCUAUUUAGAAGGCGUAGGCGUCCAAAAACCCGAUGCCGACAAAGGACUGGCUUGGUUGAAAGCUGCCCACGAUGUAGGUGCAGAUGUGGACGCUGCUCAUCAAGUUGCCGUCAUUUACGAGUACGGCUCCUUCGGAGCUGAGCACGACGUCGUCGCAGCGGCAGCCUGGUUUCGAAAGGCGGCACUGACUGGACAUAUGGAGGCCAUGGCGGAACUUGGACUCUGCUACGAGCUGGGUUGCGGUGUGGAACAGUCGGACGAGGAAGCUUUGGAGUGGUACAUCAAGGCAGCGGAGAAGGGACACUUGACGGCGAAAUACUCCGUCGGGGAGGCUUUUGAAGAAGCUCGCGGUGUGCCACAAAGUGACGAAGAAGCCUGCCUUUGGUAUUUUAAAGCCGCUAUAGAAGGAGACGAAGACAGUCGACGAGCUUUGUGCCGCUUGGAAGACAUUGCGCGAAUCGUGGUCCCCGGAGUGGCCGCUCUUCUCAAUGCUUGA